CACUUUUGUACUGUCAUCUUGGACUCAUUUGCAUUCAAAGAGCAUUACCUCACUCCUCUCGCAUCGCAUCUCAUCGGUGCCGUUGAGCUUUCAACAUCUCAAUUUCACUGUACGUUUUGUCGUAUGUGCUGCAGGUAAACCUUCGUAUACUCUGACAAUGGAGGACUUGUUCGCCCGGCUUCAGAAGGUCGGCUCGUCCGCUUCGGACAAACAACAAUCUCCUUCGACAGUCAAGCCUCAAACAUACAGAGAUCCCUCAUUGUCGUCGCCGGUCUACUCAACUGCGCCAUUUGCGCCACAGCCUCAUCGCUCUUCCAGUAUUCCGAGUCCCAAUUUAUCUGCCAUGGAUACUCCUCAGCCUGAAGGUGUCGGGACACAAACGCGUGCUACAGAUUUGCUUAGCCUUCUGAAGUUCCGGCCAUCUCCUGGUUCUGCUUCGACUCUUCCGACGAGUACUUUCGAACAUAGAUCGACUCCACUGGACACAAAAACAGGUGGCACGAAAGGUCGUGUCAGCUCGACUGCGGACCUAAUUUCGCAGUUCAACCGUCCGCCCAAUACCUCACAGCCUCUGUCAACGUUCGCGCCAGCCGCAAGCCAGCUUGAGCUUCGUGAUGAGGAGCCCGCCUCUUCUAGCAGUCCCCAAGACUUCUUACUCAAACUGCUAAACCAAGCUCCCCCGAAAUCCAGCUUAGCUGAGUCCUCUCUACCCCCAACUCGCUUUGUUAAAGGGAGCGGUUUGCAAAGUGAAGGAAUCUCUGAUCUGCAUUCAAGUGCUGGCCUUAAGACUCAGAGGUCGCCCUCUGGCUCAGAGUAUAAAUCCAAAUCUCCGCUCAAAGAAACACACCGCGAAACAAUCUCAGAAGCACUGGGCAGCGUGGGUGAAGUGGUCGAGAAGCAGUUUGGGCAAGCAAUGGUCCAAGAGACGUCCAAAACGAACGGCGACAGUGAGCCCAAGGUGUCGGAAGCAGCCCAGCCAAUCAAAGCGGAAACAAAUUCCGAUAUAGAGGUUGAUGAUAGGCGUAAAGUAGAGGAGCGGGGUGCGUCGAACUCAACGACUGCUGUUAUCGAGGAGAUAAUAGACCCAGUUUCUAAGCCUACAGAGGCCGAGGACUGGGAGGCAGCGGCCAGGAGAGGUGCUACAACGUACACUUUACCUAUGCAACCCUUCAAGUCCAUAAUCAUACGACAAUUUGAGAAAAACCCGCCAUUAUUCCCACCAAGCAUGACUUUGGAUAUUGCUCGUGUCAAGCGUCCAUUCGAUCAAAUCGACCGCAACCUCGUGGCCGCUACACCAAAUCUCAUGAUCUACCCGCUUAAAAACGGUGGACUGCGCGUGAUUCGCCAGGAAACUGGCGUACACAAAGAAGUUUUCAAACAACUCCCAGAGCGCUUUUUCAAUGUUGCUGUGAGCGCGAAAAAGAAAAUCGGCAUGAAGGAUAUAGAAGUGGUACUGGCAACCGGAGUCGAGGGUUCGGUGCUUUGGGCUCCGUUGUCCAACUUUGCCGCUUCGGACGACGCUGAAGGGGACGAUGCAGACGAAGUGCACGGGCUCAUAUUUCCGCCUGUACCGUCUAGCGAUGAGAAUACUGCCGGUGGUCAGCUAAAGACGCGCGUCAAACUGAGCUGCCGCCACCCGGAAUACUUUGCGUACGGCCGGGGCAAAUCUAUAUAUAUUGUCUACCCAAGAGUCGCUCGCAGCCCAGCAUACUGCGACCCCAAAACACAUGUUUGCAAUAGCGAGAAAUACCUUAAAGAGCACAUGCUACGGAUUUCCACGGGCAAGGCCGGCAAAGACUUCAUCUUCAGUUCCGAUGACAGCCUUAUCAUUUCGUUGGACAAAGCCGGCCGCCUCAAAUUUUGGGAUAUUCGCAAUCUUGUUAAUGAGGGCAAGGAAAAGAAUGAUGCUGUCGCCGUGCCUCUGGAUGUCAAAGUCCCAUUGAUGACAUUAGCAACAUGCCCAACCACAGAGAAGUCCUGGCCCACGUCAAUCCAUCUUAUUGAUAAGGACAAGCCAAUGACCAAGGGCCUCGCACUACGCUACGUUAUAAUUGGCCUGAAACAGAACCAUUCGCUUCAGCUCUGGGACCUGAUGCUCGGGAAACCCGUUCAGGAGAUCAACUUUCCACAUGAGCAGGAGUCCGACGCCAUUUGCAGUGUCGUCUUCCAUGCCAAGACAAGCAUCCUAACCGUCGCUCAUCCAACAAGGAAUUCAAUUUAUUUUUUGCAUCUAUCAAUUCCGCAAUACACACUCACUCCGAUGAACCAAUCGAAAUUCAUAUCAAUGGUAGCUGACAAACACGAAAGUCUGCCACCACCUCAGUCCACCAUCAUUGUUAAUGGCAUCCGCGAGUACAAAUUUAGUCUAACGUCUACCAUUCGUAGCAUGGAUAUCCUUGCAGAACCUGGUUCCCACUAUGGUGAUGACAUGCCUGCCUUUGUUUUGUAUAUCAUGCAUUCCCAUGGUAUAUCGGAAGUGAAGGUCGACCGAGCUAUGUUAGGUUUAAGCGAAACCAGCCGCGUGGUUACUGGUACCUCUGCACUUGAUGUCAAGGACGCUAUCAAAGUAGGAAACAUCAGACCUUUACCUCCAGCUAUUGCUGGUGACACAGGUUCUGUAACCUCGGAGACGAUGUCUGUCGCUCCUAGCAACGGUGUUGGAGAGGCGAGGAAAGGAGGACGGAGAGUCGAGCACGCGCCUACUCAAAUUCUAAAGGCCCAGAACAAGGAGGCCGAAUCUAGUACGGAAAAAGCAGAGAAGAAGAGGAAGAAGAAGGAGAAGUCAAAUCCUCAAGGUCAAGAACAGCCCACCAAAGCUCCAGCUGCACCAUCGUUUGCGCCGCUAGAGGAGUUCAGUAAAUCCGCCGCGGAGACUGGUCCAUCUAAAACACGUAUUCUCACGCGUAAACAAAACACGGACACCGAGACUGCAGAUGCAAAGGGCACAGUGGCUUACAGUGAGGUUUUAUCUAGCUCCUCGCAGGACGGUUCCGCUUUGGCACACUCCAUUACGCGCGUGGACUUUAAGGCACUGGAAGCCUUACUAAAAUCCGAGUUUGAAAGCCUACAAGGCGGCAUUACUGAAGACAGAUUAAAGCAAGAUGCUGUGGCAGCCGCACGUCAGGAAGCCGUUCUCAAGGCAGUCUCGAGGACUUUGACAGAAAACGUCGAGGAUUCUCUUACCCGUGUUGUUACAGAUGGCUUAACAAAGAUCGCGAUCAGUCCGCUUAAAGAUAUCAUUGCGUCUACAAUUGACAAGCAGCUAGCAAGUUCCUUCAACCAAGCUAUGAAAGUUGGCGUACCACGCGAGUUGCAAAAGUCCCUACCAGUUGCAGUCAGUCAGACUUUGAAAGACAAGGAUGUGUUGCAGAGCGUUGCGGAGCAAAUAUCUCACAACGUUGCUCAACAAGUAGAUACGCAGUUCAAGGUUGCAAUGCAAAACACGAUCACACCGGCGAUCAGCAAGCUCACUAUUGAGGCGGUUAAGCAAAUGACCUCGGAAAUAGAACGCCGCUUUGGCGAACACAUUCACGCCCAUGAGAUACUUCUGCAGAAAAAUGAGAGCGCUAUUCAAGGGCUGUUCAAGGCCAUUGAAAACUUGCAACGCAUCAUUGUAGAUAUGAGUCAAGUUCAGCGGAAAUGCCAACAAGAGAUCGUGGAAAUGCUAGAGCAGAUUAGGACUGCACCAGUCACGCAAGCACAAUCUACGACCCCAGCUCCUGUUACUCCAGCCAAGCCGAUGCUGUCGCUCGCUGAUCUCGAGCGUGUGGAAAUCCAAAACGCAUUGUCACGGGGUGGAGUCGAAGAGGCUACUUUAAAGUGGAUGCAUUCUGAACGAAAGGUUGAACUCUUUGAUGAAGUAUUUGUUUUUGUAGACCCGCAGUUCCUCAAUACGCUUAGUCCCCUCCUAAUUCUCUCUGUCGCUGCAACUGUAAGCGAGGAUUUCCGCGUUCAUCUUCGUGAGCGGCUUCACUGGGUGGAUCACUGCCUUGGCGCGAUCGACUCUGGCAACGCGAACGAGCUUCAUGAUGUCCUGCCCAACGUUCUGGAUGUCAUAUUGCAGCGAAUUCAACACAGUUAUAUGCAGGCUAGUCAGGUAGACUUUCAAGAUCCAUCACUCAAAAACAUGCAUCUCGUUGCUAGGAAGAUCAAUGAACUAAAAACAAAAGUUUCGACUUAAAUAAGAGAGUUGACCGCGGAUUUGAGCUGUUGAUGGUUAAAUAGAGAUGAAAUUUUGGUGUGUUAGAUGAAGAAGCGCUAUUGACAUUUCUGUCAUGCUGCUCAAAGGCACUAUGCUACAAGUGGAUGGCGAAUUGUAUGUCACUUAACAGCUAUCACAGCGUUGUGCAUUUGUGAUUCUAACGCAGACAUGUGCAUGCGACAGUUUGCUAGGAUCAUGUAGAUUCAUUGCGCAAACCCUGGGCAUAUAUAGUCUAAAUAAGACUUGAGAGUCCUUUACAGCUUCACGUAGUCAAGUCCGCAAUGUUGCAGCUUGCUCGGGCUAUGAGGAGAAAAUGUCCCGAUCUUCCACGGCUUCAAUUGA